GAUGGCAGCCUCGAUGUUGGAGGAGGACGCCAGGUUUGGCUCCAGCCCGUUGGCCAUGUUGACCGCCACCUGCAAUAAAUUCGGGGGCUCCAGCCCGCUCCGAGACCCCUCCACGCCGGGAAAACCCAACGUCAAUCCCGGGAAGAACUCCUACAGUCCCGGCUCGGAGCUGAUGGCCGCCAAGAGCAGAGGACCCGAGGGGAUGGCUGACGGCUACGCCGGGGUGGGGGUGGGCUGCGGGAACGGCUUGAUGUCCACGUCCCCGAACCCGCAGAGCUCCGCGGGCUACGGGAACGAUUACGGCCCCUUCUCUCACUCCUUCCCGCCUGCCUCAGGAGCCCAGGACCCAUCUCUCCUGGUGUCCAAGGGCCACCCGCCCUCAGACUGCCUGCACGGAGUCUACCCCUCCCUGGACAUGGGGCACCCGUACGGCUCCUGGUACAAGACCGGCAUCCACCACGGCAUCUCCACCGGUUCCACCAACGCCACCACCUCCUGGUGGGACAUGCACUCCAACAGCAACUGGCUCAGUGCUCCCGGUCAGGCCGAUGGGCUUCAGGCUUCCUUCCAGCCGGUGUCAUCCCAAUCCCCGAUCAACGCCCAACUGUCCGGCUACGGCUCCGACUUUGGAUCCCUAAACCACUAUUCCCCGGUGGGUCUGGGCUCCCCCUCGCCCCUCCUGCCCUCCAGCCAACACAUGAUCUCGCAGGAAAUGUUCAAGCCCAAAGCACCGGCCAACAGUGGUCUGAUGGAGAACCCGCUGGGCCUCAAGUCCCCCAGCCGGUCCUCGUACGGAGGUGGGACGGGCAGAGCCACCUGCGAUUGCCCCAAUUGCCAGGAGAUUGAGAGGUUGGGGGUGUCGGGGGUGAACGUGAGGAAGCGAGCGGUCCACAGCUGCCACAUCCCGGGCUGCGGUAAAGUCUACGGCAAAGCCUCUCACCUGAAAGCUCACCUGAGGUGGCACACGGGGGAAAGGCCUUUCGUGUGCAAUUGGCUCUUCUGCGGGAAGAGGUUCACCAGGUCGGACGAGCUGGAGAGACACGUUCGCACGCACACCAGGGAGAAGAAGUUCACCUGCCUCCUGUGUAACAAGCGCUUCACCCGCAGCGAUCACCUCAACAAGCACCAGAAGACCCACAACGAGCCCGGGGCCAAGCAGGCCAACGAGAGCGACGGGGAGAGAGGAGACGUCAGGGACCCAGCCUCGCCUGGCAACGGGAUGCAGGUGGCCGGCUCCGGGGAAGCCGAGAAAACAGGCGCUGGGGAACAGGCGGCUCUACUGGAAAUAUAA